AGGAAGUGAGAGAGAUGCAUACACAAAGUGAAUGUGUGUGAGAGAGAACGUUUAUCUCUACUCUAUAUAUAGUUUAUAAUAAAAAUCACCUAUUAACGUAGUAGAGUAGUGCAAUAUAAUAUAAUAUAGUGUCGCACCGUCCUUCGUCCUUUAAACACUAUCUUGAUUUACCAGCGCUUAGAGUAGAGUAAUCCAACGACUAUGGGUGGUUUGUUGUGUUGUAUAUCUUUUUGGAGAAACCAACGACAGGACCACAACUACAGACAAUCGCCGCCGGACGAUAAGUUGGUAAUGCACAGGUGGACAUUGAACGAUUUGCUGUUUGUACAUGUGAAGUCGAGAAGGCUAAUACUACAGAACCGAGAUAUGGGGUAUUUACAGGCAAUAAUAGCCAAGUUUUCCACUUGCAAGUGUCCAGGUUGUAAGUGUCAAGGAGGGAUUUUUACAGGAAUAAAGCGUGAUAAUUUUGGAUGGAUAAAUAGUAUUUGCACCAGGUCUGGUUGUAAACAUCGACUAUCUGAUCAUAUACAACAUUUAAGAGAGGCUUCAUUUAAGGAAUUUACGGUGUUAAUGAAAUUGAUAUUUGAUAUAUAUAAUACAGACAUAACUUUGUACAAUUUAUCUAAAAAGCCCAAAUCCGAGAGAAAUAUUUUGUUAAAAGGCAUUUUUGAAUCAGUUUUUGAUGUAUUGGAUGCAAGUGUCCUCCUUGAUCCAUUUACACUCCCUAAUAUUGAUACAAUUUAUGGGUCUCCACCAUUUGAAAAAACUAACAUAGAACAAGUUUUGUUAAAUUUUUGUAUGCAUAUCUUUAAUGACAAUGGUACAUUGAAGUUCGAAGAUGCACUUAAAGUCACAAAAUUUGUUUUAAAAUAUUUUGAUACAUGGAUGUGGAACAUUCCACAAGAACUGCUGAAAUGUGAUCCUCGAGAAUACUCGAAAAGUUAUGACUAUUAUUAUUGUAGAUUUUUGUUGCAUUGUUGUUUGCCACGCUGUGUUCAUUCAAUUUCUCUACGAUACAGACCUACUAAGAUUUUUGGUCAAGAUGUCUUAAAAUAUACUCUGAAAGCAUUCAGAAUUCAAUUGCAAGUUUGGUGUUGCAAAAAAAGUAUAAUGUGGAAUGAACUUACAACAUCAUUUUGCUUGGACUAUUUCCCUAAAUACAUGGAUUUAUUGGAAAAGGAAGUAUUCAACGAUGAGUCACCAAUAUGGGAUAUGGAUUACGAACAUGGAGAUCUAAAAAGAGAAACUAUUUUUUUAGAAUAUUAACUAAGAAGUAAUUAUUAUCUUGUGCUGCUUGAUUAUACCUAAUUUAUAUUUA